GGUUGAGCCGGUCUCCGAGCAUGAGGACAAGUUGCAUAUUUCUACCGGACCGAUAACCAGAGCACGUGCCAAGAAAUUGGAGCACGCUUUGCAGAACUUAUGGACGAAUAUUCUGGAAGAGGCAUGCAGUUCGAGAGACGAGCGAGUCGACUCGGGGCUGAUUUUGGUCAUCAAGAGUGCUGAACCUCAUCAGUACACAUCGGGACAUUAAAUGAUGACCACAACCACCUCAAAUCGGGUUGAAUAUGCAUCCUAGAAGAUGGCCACCAAUUCUGGUUUGACUAUUAGGUUGGAAUAUGCCUUCUAGAAGAUGGUCACCAAAUCUGGUUGGAAUAUUAGGUUGGAAUAUCUGGUUGGAAUAUCUGGUUGGACUAUUAGGUUGGAAUAUGCCAUCUAGAAUAUGCUUGUUUUCCUUAGUUGUCUUCAAUUGCAAGAGCAUUAUAUAAGCUCCUCCCUAGGUUAGUUUUAGACACAACUCUUCUACCAUUUUUCCUAUCUUGUGAGAGAUAUUCUCCAAAUUGUUCUUGUUGAACUUAUGCUUCAAGGGUUGCAAGUCGAUUACUUGUAGUUCUUAAGCUUCUUAUAAUAUCGGUUUCUAGCUCUAUAUAGCUACGGGGUCGAUAUUCCACCUUUCGAAAUCUCUAUCUUGGACGAUCCGGGAUUUGAUUCCAUAUCAUUGUUGCUGGGUUCCGCGACGGAUUCGACGGGGUUCACAUCAUUUUGGUAUCAGAGCUUAGGCUCCAAAUUGAGGUUUCAUCUAUCCUUGUUCUUUCCUUGUUCACCAUUCUGGAAUUUUUAGAUCUAUCUUCCAUUUCUAUCCUUUCCAUUUAGUCUUGACUGAUCCGUUCAUAGCUAUUAAAAAAAAAAUCGUCCAAAAAAAAAAAAAAAAACGUGAAAAAAAAUCAAAAAAAAAAAAAAAAAAGAGGAGAGGAGAUCUGAUUACACAGGCCUUAAGUAGACCUGUCAUAGUUGCUUCCAUUCUGCUUUUCUCCGAUCGUAUUUGUGUCCAUUCCAUCUUUGAUUUGUCUGGGAUCAUUCCUUUUACAUACAUCUUGUCCAUCCAUAUAUCUCUUCGCUUCUUUGCUACUUGGAACUGAUAUUAUAAGUGGCUCGAGCGAACAAGUAAUUUCCUCAAGGACUUGUAAUUAGAUUGCUCAGUUCGUCCAGAACUUUGUGGAGAAAUCUGUGAGAGGAAAAAGGCCAGAGGGAGUGAGACCAUCAGAGGGUAAAAGCCAUUUGUAUCGAGUGAAAUACGAGAGUUUGUGUGACAUCGAUUUGAGAGUAAACACGUGAGGGAGUGAUUGUGAGGUCCUUUUACUCUAAUAUUUCUUUGCAGAUUUCAACAUGUCGCAAGAAGAUAGCGGGGGACAUGAGCAAAGUAGUGGAGGGCCCGAUCAAAGCACAAUUAUUCGGGCUAUGCAACAACAAUUUGAGCGAAUGAACAUGGUGCUCAAUACGAUUAAUGACCGGUUGGAGAGGCAUGAUGAGCGGAUUGACCAGUUGCGACAAGCUCCCAAUCAACAACCAAGGAGGAACAAUAACCGACAACCAGCACCUACUACUGAUCCAUUUGAUGGCCACGAGGAGAGAUCCUAUGAUGAUGAGGAUGAUGUAUCUUCCAUUGCCGCAAUGAGACGAGCUCGAGGAGCAAGGGCUGAGACGCCAUGGCGCGGACGUGGAAGGCGCCAAGAAAGAGACACCGUUGAUCGUAAUAUGGGGUCCAUCAAGCUGACCAUUCCUCCAUUCCAAGGCAAGAGCGAUCCCGAUAUUUACAUCGAAUGGGAAAGGAGGGUUGAACUGGUUUUUGAUUGUCACAACUACUCCGAGGAGAAGAAGGUGAAGCUUGCAGCUGUGACAUUCACCGACUAUGCCAUAGUUUGGUGGGAUCAAUUGACGGUGAGUAGACGCCGAAAUGGAGAGCGACCUAUUGACAAUUGGGAGGGCAUGAAAGCUGUCAUGCGGAGGAGGUUUGUCCCAUCCCAUUACUACCGGGAUUUAUACUUGAAGCUGCAGAAUCUUAAGCAAGGGUCUAAGACCGUGGAGGAGUACCACAAGGAGAUGGAGAUUGCCAUGAUUCGCGCCAAUGUUGAGGAGGAUCGAGAGGCAACCAUGGCUCGGUUCAUUAGUGGACUUAAUCGGGAGAUUGCCAAUAUUGUGGAGCUGCACCAUUAUGUGGAGCUUGAAGAAUUGGUGCACAUGGCUAUGAAGGUUGAGAGGCAACUCAAGAAGGGGGGACGAUCGUCAUCCAGGUUCGAAUCCUCUAAUUCGAAUUCGAAGUGGACUUCCAAGUUUGAAGGGGCUGGACCUAAAUGGACUGGUUCGAAGCAAGAGGAGAAGGCCAAGGGAAACAAGCCCGCAACCAAGCCAUCAUCUGAUUCUAAGGAGAGGGGUAACUCUUCUUCCCAACCUCAAAGAAACCGUGAUGUAAAAUGCUUUCGUUGUUUGGGUUCUGGUCAUUAUGCUUCUCAAUGCCCGAACAAGAGAGCCAUGAUUAUGUUAGAUAACGGGGAGAUUGCAAGUGCGGAUGAGUAUGAGAGUGACACUGACUCUAUGCCAUCACUUGAAGAUGCCGAUGAUGUGGAGCAUGCUGUAUCGAGUCAAACUCUUGUUGUUUUGAGAGCUCUACAUGUGCAAGCCAAAGAAGAUGGUGAUGGGCUACAAAGAGAGAACAUUUUCUACACUCGAUGCCACGUGAAGGAUCGAGUAUGUGGACUGAUUAUUGAUGGGGGAAGCACUGUGAAUGUGGCAAGCAAGCUGAUGGUGGAGAAGCUUGGUUUGAGCACUCAAAAGCAUCCAAGGCCAUAUAGACUUCAGUGGCUGAAUGAGAGUGGUGAAUUAAAGGUGACAAAACAAGUGUUAAUCUCAUUUUCUAUUGGGAAGUACCAUGAUGAAGUUUUGUGUGAUGUAGUUCCUAUGAUAGCCAGCCAUUUGUUACUCGGGAGGCCAUGGCAAUUUGAUCGAAGAACUACACAUGACGGGUACAAGAAUCGGUAUAGUUUCAUCAAGGAUGGUCGAAGCAUGACACUUGCACCGCUGCCACCACAUCAAGUGUUCGAAGAGCAACUCCAAAUCAAAAGGUCCAGUGCUGAGAGUUCAAAAGAAAGUAAGAGAGUGGCUGAACCAAAAGAAAAAGAGAGUAAAAGUGAGAGGAAAGAAAUUCGAGAGAAAAGUGAGAAAGAGAGUGAAAAGAAAGAAAAAUGUGAGAGUUCAGCCUUGAAAAGAAAAGAGGGGAAGAAAUUGAGUUUCUUCACAAAAGAAAGAGAAUUAGAGAGUGUUAGUAAGGAUGAAAGGCCAAUGAUAUUGUUCUUGUACAAAGAGGCCUACUUAUCUAAUACUUUUAACCUAUAUUUGCCUAGUGUUGUGGUUUCUCUUUUGCAGGAGUUUGAUGAUGUGUUUCUUGAGGGGACGCCACCGGGAUUGCCACCAAUCCGUGGGAUCGAACAUCAAAUUGAUUUCAUUCCAGGAGCGCCCAUUCCAAACCGGCCAGCAUAUCGGUGUAAUCCCGAAGAAGCAAAAGAACUCCAAAAGCAAGUUGAUGAGUUGCUGACCAAAGGCUAUGUCCGAGAGAGCAUGAGUCCAUGCUCUGUGCCCGUGUUGCUUGUUCCCAAGAAAGAUGGCACAUGGAGAAUGUGUGUGGAUUGUCGAGCUGUGAAUAAGAUAACGGUAAAGUAUCGCUAUCCUAUCCCUCGAUUAGAUGAUAUGCUUGAUGAAUUGCAUGGUUCCACUAUAUUUUCUAAGAUUGAUUUGAAGAGUGGAUACCAUCAAAUUCGCAUGAAAGAAGGAGAUGAGUGGAAAACAGCAUAUAAAACCAAGAGUGGAUUGUAUGAGUGGUUAGUGAUGCCAUUUGGAUUGACUAAUGCACCCAGCACAUUUAUGCGCCUUAUGAAUCAUGUCUUGCGUGCUUACAUUGGAAAAUUUGUUGUUGUUUACUUUGAUGAUAUUCUGAUUUAUAGCAAAACUGAGCAUGAUCAUAUGAAUCAUUUGAGGUGUGUUCUUGAGGUGCUGAGGCAUGAGAAGUUGUAUGCUAACCUUAAGAAGUGUGAAUUUUUCUUGGAAAGUGUUGUUUUUCUUGGUUUUGUCGUAAGUUCCAAGGGUGUGGAAGUGGAUGAAGAGAAGGUGAAAGCAAUCCGGGAAUGGCCUACACCCACUACCAUUGCUGAGGUCCGAAGCUUCCAUGGCCUUGCUGGGUUCUAUCGAAGAUUUGUGCGCAAUUUUAGCACCAUAGCUGCUCCUUUGACCGAGAUCAUCAAGAAGGAAGUUGGCUUUAGAUGGGGCAAAGAGCAAGAGAAUGCAUUCAAUACCUUGAAAGAAAAGCUAAGUUCUGCUCCUUUACUGAUUUUACCGGACUUUUCUAAACCUUUUGAAAUCGAAUGUGAUGCUUCCGGUAUUGGUAUAGGUGCCGUCCUUAUGCAAGAGAAGAGGCCUAUUGCUUACUUCAGUGAGAAGCUCAACGGGGCUGCGUUGAACUACUCCACAUACGACAAGGAACUCUAUGCUUUGGUGAGGGCUUUGGAGACAUGGCAGCAUUACUUGUGGUCCAAGGAGUUCAUCAUUCACACCGACCAUGAGUCCUUGAAGCAUUUAAAGGGUCAAAGCAAGCUGAACCGAAGGCACACACGUUGGAUCGAGUUCAUCGAGAUGUUUCCCUAUGUGAUCCAAUACAAGAAAGAUUCGAGGACGAAUCCUUUUGAAGAAGGGGGGAAUGAUAGGGUUGAGCCGGUCUCCGAGCAUGAGGACAAGUUGCAUAUUUCUACCGGACCGAUAACCAGAGCACGUGCCAAGAAAUUGGAGCACGCUUUGCAGAACUUAUGGACGAAUAUUCUGGAAGAGGCAUGCAGUUCGAGAGACGAGCGAGUCGACUCGGGGCUGAUUUUGGUCAUCAAGAGUGCUGAACCUCAUCAGUACACAUCGGGACAUUAAAUGAUGACCACAACCACCUCAAAUCGGGUUGAAUAUGCAUCCUAGAAGAUGGCCACCAAUUCUGGUUUGACUAUUAGGUUGGAAUAUGCCUUCUAGAAGAUGGUCACCAAAUCUGGUUGGAAUAUUAGGUUGGAAUAUCUGGUUGGAAUAUCUGGUUGGACUAUUAGGUUGGAAUAUGCCAUCUAGAAUAUGCUUGUUUUCCUUAGUUGUCUUCAAUUGCAAGAGCAUUAUAUAAGCUCCUCCCUAGGUUAGUUUUAGACACAACUCUUCUACCAUUUUUCCUAUCUUGUGAGAGAUAUUCUCCAAAUUGUUCUUGUUGAACUUAUGCUUCAAGGGUUGCAAGUCGAUUACUUGUAGUUCUUAAGCUUCUUAUAAUAUCGGUUUCUAGCUCUAUAUAGCUACGGGGUCGAUAUUCCACCUUUCGAAAUCUCUAUCUUGGACGAUCCGGGAUUUGAUUCCAUAUCAUUGUUGCUGGGUUCCGCGACGGAUUCGACGGGGUUCACAUCAGAUAUUGGGAGUUGAGGAUGAUAUGAAUGAGGUG